UAAAAACAACUGUUGAAUUGAUUUCGAAUUGUCUCAUUCCUUAUUCAAUCGUAGAUAUUAAUUCAUCAAAUGUAACCCAAUAACAAUUAUUUAUCAAGAACUGCAAUCAUGAUGCUUGGUGGCUAAGGGAUGUAGUAUCUCCGUAUCCGCUCGCAACAACAUACCUCGAAUGGGGUGCUGAACAAUUACACUUAAUUCAACCUUUAGGCAAGGCGAAUCAUGCUUUGAAUCAGCCUUCUGGUAGCAAUCACCGCUUUGUUAAUCAAGCUCUGAACCAUCCUCUAAACUGUCUCUAGUAUAUCUUACUAGUGGAAAGAUACUCGCUGAUGUCCCGUCUCUCUGUAUCACCCAAUUAUCCUUUCCAAAGUAAAUACGGAUUUGAAUUCAUACUCGGCUUAGCUAUCAAUUUUUCAAUCAAAUUUAAGAUUAUUAUUUUGCACGAUCAUGCGUGAUAGUACCAUCCAUGUUAUGAAGUUAGUACUUUGUUUCUAGGCACCUUCGUCGUAUUCAGUUAAGAUAAGAAUUCAUGAAUCGUUCAUGAAUACAGGUCUUAUGAUCCUAAGGACAGUAAAGGUUGAUUCAGACAUGUGGGACUGUGUGCGUUGCGUUUGCGAUGGGACUGCGGCCGGUCGAUUUUAGAUGGAUUCGUCAAAACGGUCUCUCCACUUUAAAUAUUUGGCUAGAGCCUAGAGUCAUUCACACAUAGGGGACUGUGCUGGUACCGUACUGCGUUGGUGUUGCGACUGUGUCAUUUGAGAGCUCUUUCAGAGAGCUCUUCAAGGCCACGGUCUCAUGCCCUGUGGGUCGCCGAAGCGGCUUCGGCUGUUUCCGUACAGUCUCGGUCAUCUUCGUGUAUACCUGCCGGCUGUUCUGGCUUGCAGAUGUUUACAAGCGUUCUACCCUACUACCCUCAUUCAGUUCUAGUCGAUGCUUCAUCCCUUUACAAUCUAUUGCGAGAAUAGUUUUUAAAAACGUAAAUUCGUAAUGGAUGACGAGAAACUGAUUGUAUUGAUGACGAGAAAGUGAAAGUUAGUAUAAUCUGCAGCAUGCAGAUUAUGAUUACAAUAUCAUUAGAGAAAAUCUAUGGAAGGAAAUUGCAAUUAAAAUGCAGUUAUCUGUAGAUGACUGCAAAUCGAAAUUGAGAAAUCUUCGUUCAUACUACAGGAGAGCACUUCAACGGCGAAAAACUGUCAGUGGACAAGCCGCGACAAACAUGAUAAAAUGGCGGUAUGAGGACCAGAUGGCCUUUUUAAAACCUCACAUUCAAGAAAGAGAGACGGUGAGUAAUUUGUCUCCCCAUGAAGAUGUGACUGAGUCGUUGAGUGUUGAGGUGGGUGAUGAAACGGAUUACGUAGGGACACCGGAUGUAUCUCCAGCUACCACCUCUUUGUCACCAGCUCCAGCUUCAACUCCAGCUUCAGCUCAAGCUCCAGUUACAGCUCGACCUCCGGUUUCAGCUCGACUUCCAACGAACAAGUUGAAAACUUUGCCAACUACACAUUUAAGUCAAGCACUGACAAAUUUCAUUGCAGAAAGAAAAACGACAAAAGAAGAAACUCCCGAAAUGUUAAAGAAGAGGAAAUUGAUGACUUUCUUCGAAGACAUCAGUGAAAGCAUGAUGCGAUUUUCAGAAUUGGACUAAGCUGAAUUGAAAAGAGAUAUUUUCAAUUUAGUAAACAAGAAGGAGAUAGAAUUAUUAAAAAAACAGGAGUACAAUCAACCUGCAUACAAUCAAGCAUCUACAUCGGCUGGAUUCUUUAUGAAUACAGCUGAAUCUGGGUAUGGCCGCUACGAAUAUCCAGGAUAUGAUGCACAUCAGCAAAAGAACAUGCCCCAAGACCCAACCAUAAAUUAAUGAAAAAUUAAUUCCUACAUCCUUUUCUCUCUUUUUCAACUAGAAUAAUUUAUACUUAAGAUUGU